AUGUCGCAUAUUAAUGGCCACGGAGCCAAUGGGAAUGUGUUCACUCGAGGCUUUUCGACUCACAAUGACGCUGUUCCGUCGUAUUCAUAUCCCUUAGGCGCAGCGAAAGCUACGACUACUGGAUACCCUUUGAAUCAGAAUGAGUUCGCGGAGCCGAGUGAUAGGGGUUUUGAUGGAGGAAACGGCAUGGGAGGAGGAGGCGGUGGAGGUGGAGGAAGAGGUAGAGUUUUCGGUGGCGAUGAAGAGAAUAAGCAGCGGUUUGAGGCUCAGGGUCCGAGAGAAUCAAGUCAUUGCGUGGACGAAGGAGCAGCGGCCACGUGGAUUUAUCCUUCCAAUCGCGAGCUUCGCCAGUACCAGUACGAAAUCGCGGAGGCAGCUCUCUUCGCCAACACCCUGGUCUGCCUUCCAACAGGCGUGGGGAAAACCCUCAUCGCCGCCGUUGUCAUGGCCAAUUACUACCGCUGGUUCCCGCACGGUCAGACAGAUGGCGCGGGAGCAGCGGGCGCAGCACUGGAGGGAGUAAAGGUGCUCAUUUCCGUUUUUUUCCUAGGAGCAUACUCAUUCACUGCCCCCUCCACCACCCCCCAGGAGCACACGAUGCACAUGACGGGGCAGAUGGCGCGGGAGCAGAGGGCACAACAUUGGAGGGAGCGGCGCGUGUUCUUUGUCACAGGGCAGGUGCUGCUGCAGGACAUGGUGCAGUGGGGUGCCUGUCCGCGUGAGGCCAUAGUGUGUCUGGUUGUGGACGAGGCCCACCGUGCUACGGGCAACUAUGCUUAUGCACGCGUCGUGGAGGAGCUCCACAAAGCUGGUGUUGCGUUUCGAGUCCUUGCGUUGACUGCCACUCCUGGAUCCCAGCUGCCCAAGGUACAGGAGGUGGUGGACAAGCUGGGCAUAUCGCUCAUAGAGUACCGGGGAGAUGACGACCCGCAAGUCGCCCAGUACAUGCACAAGCGCACCGAGCAAGUGGUCAAGGUGCGCAUGCACACAGCAGUGGCAGAGGUGGAGAAGCUGCUGCUAGCGGAGCAGAGGAGGUGCCUGGAAGCCCUCAAUCGCCUGGGCCUUGUGUCCUCAGCUCUCGUGUCUUCCAGCAAGGCCCUUCCCUCCCAGAUGGUGUCCUCCCACCAGCCGCGCAUGAUCCAGGAGCAGCUCAAAGCCUUUCCGUUUGGCCCCUCUCCCCUGCCACCACGUCCUCCCCCCCAGAUGGUGUCGUCCCACCAGCUGCGCAUGAUCCAGGAGCAGCGUGAAAGGAGUUGUCUCAGUCAUCUCAAAUCCUGCUUCUUUCCCCUGACACUAUUUCUGUCCCCUGCCAUGGUAUCAUCUCACCAGCUGCGCAUGAUUCAGGAGCAGCGGGAGAUCAGCCGGCAGCAGGAGGCAGCAGCGCGGGGCUUUGGGGCGGCGCCGAUGGGUGGCAGGGAGGCGGCGGGGCAGAUGUGGUGGUCACGGGCAGAGGCCGUGGGGGCUGCGUUAGAGAGGCUCAUGUCGCAUGGCAUGCGCUCAGCACUGCACGUGAUUGAGAGGAGCAGGCCCCUGGCAGCAGUGGUGAGGGAACAGAACAUGCACAAGGCGUUGACGAUCAUGCGUCGCACUGUGGGAGGGGGCGAGGAGGGAAAGGUCAGCAAGGGAAGGCAGGGCGGUGCCAUGUCAUCAGCUUCCACGUCAGCUGCCAGGGUUGGGCCCUCGUCCGCUGCAGCGGCUGCCAUCUCCCCGAAGCUGGUGGAGUUGGAGAAGCUGCUGCUGCUGCACUUCAGGGAGGCACUGAGCAGCAGGGGGCUGCUGUUGCAUACUCACCUGGGCAUCUGCUCAUCUGGGCUGCCGCUGCAUACUCACCUGGGCAUCUGCUCAUCUGGGCUGCCGCUGCAUACUCACCUGGGCAUCUGCUCAUCUGGGCUGCCGCUGCAUACUCACCUGGGCAUCUGCUCAUCUGGGCUGCCGCUGCAUACUCACCUGGGCAUCUGCUCAUCUGGGCUGCCGCUGCAUACUCACCUGGGCAUCUGCUCAUCUGGGCUGCCGCUGCAUACUCACCUGGGCAUCUGCUCAUCUGGGCUGCCGCUGCAUACUCACCUGCAGCUCAGGGCAGAUGCCACCACACCACCAGGCCAAUUAUCCCUUUCUCCCCCCCCCUCGCUUCUUUUCCUCUCUCCCGUUCGUCCCUCCACCCAACACCCCCAGCCCAGCUGCGCAGCACAGGUGGCACGAGGGCCAUCAUCUUGUCCACCUUACGAGACAGUGUGCUGCCUCCUCAGUGAUCCCCUCCUGGCCCCUGCUUCGUCUCGCCCAUCUCAUCCCCAUUUCUCGCCCGUCUCAUCCCCCUCCACCCAUGGAGCCCAGCAGCGCAGCACAGCCCAGCAGCGUGGUACAGGUGACACGAGGGCCAUCAUCUUCUCCACCUUUCGGGACAGUGUGCAGGAGAUUGUGGAGUGCCUAUCACAGCACGAGCCGCUGCUGCGAGUGAAGCAGUUCAUCGGGCAGAGCCCAGGUAUGGCAGGCAGGGCCCAGGGGUCUGCGCGCGCCAAGGGACUUCCACGGAUAGGAGCAAGGGGAGGGGGAAGGGGAGGGCGUGGGGGAGGGCGCGGGGAAAGGGGAGAGGGAGGGCGAGAGGGAGGGAGGAUGGGAGGAAAGGGGAGUGAGCGAGGGACUGGAGGAGGAGCAGCUUUGGAUGGUUCGAACGGAAGUCUGGGGAAAAUGAGGGGAGGGAGAGGCAAUGCUGAUGGUUGUGUGGUGAAGGGCGUGUGCGGGGAGGAGGAUGGGGAGGAGGGAUGGGACGCUGAGGGAGAGGUUUUAGGAGAGGGGAGUGGGCAAGAGGAACAAGAGAGGGCGGAAGUGGAAGGGGACGAGGGGGAGGAAGAAGCAGGGGAGGAGGAGGAAGGGGGUGAUAUGGAAGUGAGGAAGCGGCUGAUGGGUCAGUCACAGAAGCAGCAGCAGGCGGUGCUGGAUGGCUUCAAAGCAGGAACGUACAAUGUGCUUGUCUCCACAACCAUUGGAGAGGAGGGGCUGGAUAUAUCCCAGGUGGAUCUGGUGGUCUGCUUCGAUGCAGUCUCUGUGUUGCGCAUGACUCAGCGCAUGGGGCGCACUGGUCGCAGCAGGGACGGCAAAGUGGAUAUCCUCCUCACCACCACUCCUCACUGCUCCCCACCACUCCUCGCAUUUCCUUCGCAUUUCCCUCCGUUUCUUGCACUGCACCCCUUGCCGCAAGCACAUGCCUGCAGUUCUGUGCGCUCCUCCUCAUCCCCAUCCGUUGCUACUUUACCUGUUCCGUUCCCCACUCUCCCAUGCCUACACCAGCUGCCUCAUCGCCUGCCAAAGCCCACCGUUGCCAUCCUGCCUCAUCGCCUGCCAAAGCCCACCGUUGCCAUCGUCAACAUCCAGCCGCCCGCCUUCAGCCCGCCUCGCUCCAAGCGACGCCGCCCCUCGUCGUCCCCAGCCUCGCUCGAUCCCUCCACCAAGAAAGCCCGGGGGAAGAGAAUGAGUGGAGUAAGAUCAGCAUCAGCAUCAGCUUGCCCCAUUCCAGUGACCCAGCUUCUGCAGGCUGAAUCAGAUGCUCUUUCCCGGUAUCCCUCCCUGCUGAAGCUUAUCCAGCCUGCUGCUAACCGGCUAGCUGGCAGUUCUGGUGGCGGGGAGGGGAUGAGGUGGAAGCCUUUUGGGACGUCUCAACAGCAGGCUGCUAACCGGCUUGGUGGCGGUUCUGGUGGCGGGGAGGAGGCGAGAUGGAAGCCUAGCCUUACGGGGUUCUUGUCGGCGCAGACGCAGCGAAUGAGGACGUGCCAGGUGGCGCAUUCCGAUAGGUCGGAGCGGAUGUUGGUGGGGGCACUGAGGAUACUGCAGGGGAUGGGAAACGAUGUGGGUUUGGGAAGGGAUGGGGGGGCGGGAGGGGACGAGGGAACAGGAGCGGGAAUGGGUGCAGGGAUGGGAGGUAGCCUGGGGACAGGAGUGCAGGUGGGGGAUGAUGGUUGGAAUUCGUUGAAAGGAGUGAAUGUGGGAGCAAGGGGAUUUCAGGUGAGGGCAGACUGCAAAUUGGGUGGAGCACCGUCGUUGCCCAUGAGAGGAGGGCUUGAGUUGAAGCAGCAGGGCAGCGGAAGGAGGGGUGGUGUUGGAGCGAGCGUUGGAGAGGGUAGAGGCAGUGAGAAAGAGACGAGGGAGCACAAGGGAGGAGGGCAGGAGGGUGGUGAGCAGGAGAAUAGUGCUGGGGAGAGUUGUGCGUUGGACCGGGACAGUGGGGAUGGUGGGGAUGGUGGGCAUUGUGUGGUUGGUAGGGGUGGUGGGCAUUGUGAUGAGGUGGAGGGUGGUGAGAGGGAGGAGGAUGGGUACGUGGGGUUGGAGGAGUAUGAAGAGCCAACGAUCUGGAGGUACGUUGAGGGGGAGGAGGAGGGUGGUGAAGGCUUGGAACUCCAGGAUCGGGCGGGGCGAGUGGAUGGGAGGGCCGGGAAUGCCCAUGUUAUGGGUAUGUGGAGGGAUAGCAAUGCACGGAUGGUUUUUAAGGCGCCUCAAAAAAUGAAUGGGAGGGCCGGGAAUGCCCAUGUUAUGGGUAUGAGGAGGGAAAACGAUGCACGGAUGGAUACGGUUGUGCAGAAGGAUAGGUGCAGGGGGUUUGAUGUGGGCAGUGGCAUGGAAUGCUUGAGAGGAAUGGGAGUGGAGGGAGGUGUGAGGGGGGCUGAAUCCGGACCGUUGGGGCAAAAGGGUGUGUCUGCAGGUGGUGGUGCGGUUGGUUUGGAGGCAACUUGGAGACGAAUGGGAGUGGAGGGAGGUGUUGGGGCGGCUGAAUCUGGACCGUUCAAGGAGAAGGGUUUGCACGCAGCGGGUGGUGAUGGUGGCGGUGGUGGCGGCGGGGGUGGUGGUGCUGAUGCUGGUGCUGGUGGUUGUGGCGGUGCUGCUGGUGCUGCUGGUGGUGCUGCUGGUGGUGCUGCUGGUGGUGCUGCUGCUGGUGGUGCUGCUGGUGGUGCUGCUGCUGGUGGUGCUGCCGGUGGUGGUGCUGCCGGUGGUGCUGCUUGCGGUGGUGGGGAUGCAUUCGAUCCCAUUCUUCUGUCGGACGAGGUGAGUGAUGGCGCUGCAAGCCGGACGAGUGGCAGCGUGAGAGGAGCUUCCACAACAACAGAAGCCGCAGCGGCAGAAGCAGCAGCAGCAGCAGAAGUAUCAGUAUCAUCAGCAGCAGCAGCAGCAGCAGCAGCAGCAGCAGCAGCAGCAGCAGCAGCAGCAGCAGCAGCAGCAGCAGCAGCAGCAGCAGCAGCAGCAGCAGCAGCAGCAGCAGCAGCAGCAGGAGCUGAAGCAGCUGAUUUGUGCAUUGCAGAACAAGGCAGAGCACAUGGUUCAGGGGUGAAGAGGAGGGGGAAUGCGGUUCACGAGCCUUAUGGUGAGGUGCGGGGGCCAGGCUCAAAGAGCGGGGAGGAGGGCGUGUGUGCAGCAGAGCAGAAUGACACGAAAGCAGCUGGAGGAAGGAAGCCCUGCGAUUUUAGCUGGGACUGGCAGGGGGGCAGUGCAGUGGGGAGAGCAGAGAGCAGCAGCAGGCUUGCGUGGGCUCCACAGCCACAGAAGCAAUCGGCGGCUAACGAGAGCGAUUGUGAUGGCAAUGGUGACAGUGAGGGAGAUGGAGAGGGAGAGGGAGAGCAGGGGAGAAGCGGGAAUGUGGGAGGUGGAAGGAGGAGGCAGAGGAGAAGGCAGAUGGUGGUGAUGACACAGGAGGGUGAGGAGGAUGAGGGAAGUGGCGCUGGUCGUGGUGGUGGUGAUGGUGAUGGUGGUGCUGGUGGUUGUGAUGACUGGGAUUCGCACAGAGAAAGCAUGGCUGGGCCUGAUCCAUUGAGAGGAGAGAAAGGUGUGAUGGAAACGAAGGGCGCACAAGAGGAGACGCUCAGCUCGCCUCAGCAGCGCUCAAGAACCCUCAAGAGGCUACGGAGAGGGCCGCAGGCAGGCGGCAGUGAUGGCUGCACGGGAAGUGGAGGCGGCAGGGGUGGCGGCAACAGGGGCAGUGAUGGUGGGGGUAGGGGCGGUAGCGAAGCAAGUGGCACGGAGAGGAGUGGCGGUGGUGGGGAGGACAUCCGAGGGGCCAAGGGAGGAAGGCGCAGGAGUGCUGUGGGUGCGAGCAGCAGCAGUACUAUUGGUGGAAGGGGCGGGAGAGGGAGAAGCAAGGCGAUGGCUCGAAGGGUGCUGGACUUCAUUGAUGAAGAGGCUGAGGAGUCGGACCGUGAUGCCACACAGGAAGGCCAAGAGGAUGCUGACGUGGCAUGGGUGGAUGAUGACAUGGCGGAUUUCAUCGUCAGCAGGGUGGAGGGAGAGGGGAGCGGGGAUUUAGGAGAGGAAGAGGAGGAGGAGGAGGAUGAGGGGGAGGAGGAGGGAGAGGAAGAUGAGAGGGAAGAGAGUGGGGAGGAAGAUGAUGAAAUCGAGGAAGUGGAGGAUGACGACGAGGAGGAGAGAGAGGGAGAAGGGGAGGGCAGUGCGGGGAGGCGUGGAGGGCCUAUGGUGACGGAGAGGAGCAUGCAGCACAUUUACCGUGCCUCUCCCCACCCCACUCCCAGCCCUCCAUCCCCCCGCCGCUCUCUCCUGCCGCAAUUUGCCUCAUCCCCUCUUGGACUUGCCGCCCGCAACGCCAAUAAGAUGCGAGUCCUGCCGCCCAGAAGAGGUUCUGUGCCGCCCAGCACACACUCGAUGCCGCCCUGUGCGGAUGGUUCUGUGGCCCGUAAUAAUUCACUGCCGCCCAUUGCGCCGUCCAGUUCACACUCUAUGCAGCCCGGGUGGCAUGAAGCGGAUGCGAAGGAGGGAAUGGUGGGCGGCAGGGAGCUGGCAGAAGAGUGGAGCAGCCAUGGAGCUCAGGCCAAGGACGGCUGGCCUAAGGCGGGUUUUUGCAAUGAUUGUAUUGAAACUGUUGAUGAUUUCCAGUGCUUCGGUGUGGAUGAGGUGUUUGGGGGCAUUGAUCUUGAUGCUUUGGAGGCGGAAGCGUUGCAGAAGAGCCAGCAGAAGAAACAGCGGGCUUCAGCUUGUGAGGAGCCUGACAAUGAGGUGUUUGGGGGCAUUGAUCUUGAUGUGUUGGAGGAGGAAGCGUUGCAGCAGAGCCAGCGCAAGAAGCAGUGGGUGGCGGCGAGUGGCAGAGGGGGAGAGGAGGCGGAAACGAGGUCUACGACAGGGGGAAAUGCGGCGCCAGGGGGAAAUGGGGAAGAGGAGGUGGGACAAUGGAAGGAGAAAACUCUUAGUCUUGAAAAGACGGUAGCAGUGCUGCAAGCUAGGGUACAGGAGUUGGAGAGAGCAGUGGAGAAGGAGCGGAAGGAGCGCGCGGCGGAGCGGACAGGGCGGAUCCGCGCGGAGCAGCAGCUGCGCAGCCGCCUCCUCGUCCCAGCCGCCGCUGAGCCCGAGUCGCCUGUGCGCGCGCACGGCGCGCUCGCUGCCGAAUUGCCUGAGGAAGGCGGCGCGCACGGCGAUGCACGCGACGGCGGGCAUAGCGAUGGGCAUGGCGACGGCAAUAGCGUUUCAGAGAGUGACGCUAGAGACCAGUCAGAGGGCUGUGACGUGGCAGUGACUCAGCAUGGGCGUCAGUCUACAGGGGAACAGCACGGGCAGGAAGAGCACGGGCACGGGAGUGUUGGGCUCACCACGUAUCCUAUGACUCCCAUUGGCGUUAUCCGCUCCUGCUUCUCUGCCAGGAACGGCACGCCACGUCAGCCGCUGCUCGUGCCAGCAGCGCGGGCCUAUCUGGAGCUGCCACGUGGAGGGGUGGCGCCGGCAGCACUGCAGGGAUUGGAGGGGUACUCGCACUGCUGGCUGCUCUACGUCUUCCACGCCAACACGGACAUUCAGCGUCUCUGGUCCGACCCCCACUACCGCAAGUUCCGUGCCAAGGUUCGAGUGCCGAGGCUGCAGGGGGGUAAGCUGGGAGCGCUGGCGACGCGCACACCGCACCGCCCAGUGCCCAUCGGGCUGAGCAUCGCCAAGGUGGAGCGUGUGGAGGGGCGGCGGGUGUUUCUGUCAGGUGCUGACUUGGUCGAUGGCACGCCCAUGUUGGAUAUCAAGCCUUAUCUGCCCUACUCGGACGCCUUGCCAUCUGCCACGGUGCCACGUUGGGUGGAGCCAUCAGGAGAGGGCGAUGGCAUGCACAUGGCAUCUGUCACCUUCCAUCCCGCCGUCUCCAUCCACUUCCUUCUCCCCUUCCCAACCCCUCCCCCAUCUCCCACCACUCCCCCCCAUUCUCCCCACCAGCCAUCAGGAGAGGGCGAUGGCAUGCACAUGGCAUCUGUCACCUUCCAUUCCGCCGUCUCCACACAGCUUCAAGAUGCGUGGUCGUCGCAGGUGCGCCUUGUUGUGCGGCUUUUUCUUCUGUCGCGUUUCUUCUCCUUCUCUUUCCCUUCUCCCCCUUCCCCCCUUCUCUCCCGCUCAUUCUCUCCCCCUUCCCCCCUUCUCUCCCGCUCAUUCUCUCCCCCUUCCCCCCUUCUCUCCCGCUCAUUCUCUCCCCCUUUCCCACCUCUCCCGUUCCUAAACUCUGCCUUCCGUAGACAUGGCGUAUCACCUGCUGUACCGGUGUGCUGCUCCGCGAACCCGCACACCGGCCCGUCCACGUCAGCACCUACCACGUCGGCAUCAACCAUGACAUCUGACGGCGGAGAAGCGGCUGCGUUCCGGCAGAUGAGUCCAGAGGAGCAUUGGUGGUGGGGCACCCCUGAAUACCUCAUGGGUAACUGGCACGGCCAAUGGCGAUCUUGGAAGCCGAUGCAAUCAACGGACGAGAUCAGAUCCAUGAAGUCUGUGCGGAAAUUGUGGGCCACGUCACCAGACCUCACCAGCUUCGCCCACAUGCGUUUCGCCUCCCAGCGCCUCGCCUCCUCCCCCUUCUCUGCUCUGCCCUUGUUCUCUCCUUGUUUCCCGCCUCUCUCCCGCCUCUCUGCCGCCACUCCUGCGCGGCACCACUACCUCAACUCAUCUUAUACUCUCACCCCCACCACCCCUUCCCCUCCCCUCCUCUCCCCUCCUCUCCCCUUCCCUCCCCUCCCCUCCUCUCCCCCCCCCCCUCCCAUCCCGGCUCCUCCCCUCCUAUCUCCGCCCCUACCCUCCCGUCCCUGCCCCUCCCCUCCCAUCCCCGCCCCUCCCCUCCCAUCCCCACCCCUCCCAUCUCCGCCCCUCCCAUCCCCUCCCCACACCUCCCAUACCCACCCCUCCCAUCUCCGCCCCUCCCAUCCCCUCCCCUCACCUCCCAUCCCCUCCCCUCCCAUCUCGACGCUCCCUCAGAACGACUGGUACGACCGCCAGGGCGACGUUUCCCCGCAGGCCACCAACGUGGGCGUGCAAUGGGACAUGUCACUCGCGGAGCACAGCCUGCCAGACGGCUUCUGCCACGUGGCAGCCCGCAACUCGCGCCGCUUCACCGUCAGCAGGAAGGCGGACGGGAUUUGGACGCCUCUGGAGGUGGCAGAUGGGGCGGGCGGCAUCAAGCUUCCGUUUUUGGUGGAAUUCUUCUUCUCGCACUCCCCCACGUCUCGUCUCGGCACCAUGGUUGGAUUCGAGUCCGACGGAGCUUUCCGGGUAUCAGUGGUGGUUGAGGAGUCGCUAGACACCAACGAACGCCGCCCCACGGACUGGGUCUGGCCCACGUGGGGCCCGGGCGGCGUCCCGUCCCAUCUGCCCGACCACCUGCCGCCCCUUCCGGCACUAAAUGACAAAACAGUGGUGGGAACUCGCACCACUCUGACUCGCAACCUGAUGGUUCAGGAGCGGGAGAACGUGUCCUGGGCGGAAGAAUGGAGCCCUAACAGCUCUGCCGCUUCUGCAGCCAUUGCAACAGCAGCAGCAGCGGGAAAUAAUGGUGAAGCAUCCUCAGCUGGAGGAGGUGCACCAGAAGCAACAACAGCAGCGGCAGCGGCUGGGUUCAUGGGCCGAGUGCCACAAGGCGAUGAGGAGCGGUAUGCGGUGUUUGCUCUGCCCCACGGGGUGGUGGUGUGCGCCCCGCGCUCGCUACAGCUGGUGGCAGGGAGGCCGUUUGUGCUGUCGGUGUCGUGGUUGGUGGGAGAGGUGGGCGAGGGGGUUGCGGGUGCAGGGGAGGUGAAGCGGAUCACUGCCUCUUGGGGGGCUGACGGGGGCUUUGAGCGGGUAGAGGGGGAGUGGUACAGGAGAGAGGCAUGA